GUACCGCUCUUCGCGGAGAGCCGUUACAAGCGUUAGCCCACUAAUCCCGCCGAUUCACACGUACAUGUAAAACAAUAGGCGUUUCCAGACCAGUGAUAGAGGGUCUGUGAGAUAAUAUAAUCUAUACUUGUAGUAAUAUAACAAUGCGUUAUGGUUGUCUAUCCUUAAGGCCAAGCAGACGAGGCAUGAAAAACAAAGACCACCACAAGAAAAAGAGAGCGAUGUGUAUACGGAACGUAAAAUUUCAGCAAGGACUCUUGGUAAAUGGAAACCAGUACAAAAGUCUACAAAGGAUGUGGUUGUCAACAUGAUAGAUGGUGCUAUCAUGUCAACAUUGAAUGAUACAAGUGCUGUAAGUUACAGUAAUGUGCAAGAGCAUCUAAACAUUAUGAGAGCCAGACUCUUAUCUAGGCUGACUCAAUUAAAAGUACCACCUGUCAGGUACAAUGACUACAAAAGGAUGGACAAUCAGUGUAAAUAUAUGGAUGAGGUUUUACUGCAAGGAUCUAACCAAAUGAUGGUCAUGGAGGGACAAAUGAAAAAACUAGACGAGUGUUUGAAAAAGAAAGAAGAAGAACUUGUCAAUGUAGAUGAAUCUAUAAAACAGUUUGAAUCAAAUGGUGCAAAGUGGAAAAAAAAGUGUCACCCAAUACUCAAUGACCAUUUUGUUGAUACAUUGGGCAUUCCACCUUUACCAGAUGAUAGGGACCAUUUACCAUUUCCUCAGGUUGAAGACUUUGAUCCUAAACGUAGUGGACUCCUGCACAAUCUGACAGACUUCAGUAAAUCUGAUGGUGUCCAUGAUCUCAACAAGUAUGUAGAGAAUAUAGUUGCAGUUACCAACGUACUUGUGAACCAAGAUGAGAAUAGUGACAAUAUUCAUGGUGAGUUACAAUUGCUAUAUGAAUACAGUCAUUGUGAGUUACAAUUGCCAUAUGAAUACAGUCAUGGUGAGUUACAAUUGCCAUAUGAAUACAGUCAUGGUGAGUUACAAUUGCCAUAUGAAUACAGUCAUUGUGAGUUACAAUUGCCAUAUGAAUACAGUCAUGGUGAGUUACAAUUGCCAUAUGAAUACAGUCAUGGUGAGUUACAAUUGCCAUAUGAAUACAGUCAUGGUGAGUUACAAUUGCCAUAUGAAUACAGUCAUGGUGAGUUACAAUUGCCAUAUGAAUACAGUCAUGGUGAGUUACAAUUGCCAUAUGAAUACAGUCAUGGUGAGUUACAAUUGCCAUAUGAAUACAGUCAUGGUGAGUUACAAUUGCCAUAUGAAUACAGUCAUGGUGAGUUACAAUUGCCAUAUGAAUACAGUCAUGGUGAGUUACAAUUGCCAUAUGAAUACAGUCAUGGUGAGUUACAAUUGCCAUAUGAAUACAGUCAUGGUGAGUUACAAUUGCCAUAUGAAUACAGUCAUGGUGAGUUACAAUUGCCAUAUGAAUACAGUCAUGGUGAGUUACAAUUGCCAUAUGAAUACAGUCAUGGUGAGUUACAAUUGCCAUAUGAAUACAGUCAUGGUGAGUUACAAUUGCCAUAUGAAUACAGUCAUGGUGAGUUACAAUUGCCAUAUGAAUACAGUCAUGGUGAGUUACAAUUGCCAUAUGAAUACAGUCAUGGUGAGUUACAAUUGCCAUAUGAAUACAGUCAUGGUGAGUUACAAUUGCCAUAUGAAUACAGUCAUGGUGAGUUACAAUUGCCAUAUGAAUACAGUCAUGGUGAGUUACAAUUGCCAUAUGAAUACAGUCAUGGUGAGUUACAAUUGCCAUAUGAAUACAGUCAUGGUGAGUUACAAUUGCCAUAUGAAUACAGUCAUGGAGCAAUAAUGAUCUGUUCUAUUAGGCCAGAAAGUACCGUGGUUGAUUGUGAUUAUAAUAUUUAG